AUGAAGCUUCUCUUCUGCUUGGCCGUUUUUGCCGCCUUCAUCCUCUCCUGUGCCUCUGCUCAGAGUUGCACGGCGUCGCUCAACCAGACGCGCCAGGCCUCGUGGGUGGACUCUGAGCAGUUCCCGCGCUCCCUGUGGACCGUCGAGAUCCGCAACACGGGCCAGCAGGCCGUCACCAACGUGCUCCUCUCCAUCCAGGGCUCCAUCAACCAGAUCUGGGAGGUGGUGCUGGUCAACGACAGCCUCUACCGCCUGCCGGACUGGCGCCUGCAGGUGGGCGGCAUCCCGGCGGGCCAGAGCCACGUGUUCGGGUUCAUCGUCAACAACAACAGCACGGCGGCGCCCGUGUCGCUGGUGAGCGUCCAGUGCGGCAACGUCACCGUGCCCUCGCCCUGA